GGUGAACAAGUAGGAAGAGACCUGUUCAUUGAUGCGCUUCGCAGUCAAACAAUAAGGACUAAGUUACAAUUUUCCCCCAUCACUCACACGCUACAACAAAUCAUGGCUACCGGGGAAGAAAUGGAACGAAAGUUCGCAGCGAACUUCCUGGAAGGGGAAGACUAUCCUAAAGAAGGAGAUUCGACUGAGCUCACACGAGCGAGAGCUGAGUUAGCUGCACUGCAGAACAAGUUUGAAAACAUGGGGUUUGUAUCAGGACCUGUUACCUAUAUGGAACAGAUAGGCCCCAAGCGAGUGGCCCUWAGCGAAGUCCCAAGCACAUCCGCUCCUGUAAUGCCUCCACCCGCAAGGGCGUUACCCCUGCCGUUAGUUGAGGCUCCUGCACGAACGAACGAAUCAGUGGCCAUUUUCGAACUAACCAAAACCUUGAUUAGUUUGAUUCAGGAAAGUAAGAAGGAGCAGCGAGAGCACAAUGCUCGGCUGGAAGCCAUGAUGAGGAACAUGCRGCCCAUUGCGGUACGUGCUCCUCCGAUACAACAAGGGGUAACCCCCSCACCUGCGCUCGGAGGAGCCGCCAAUAAUCUAAAUAUUUGUUAUGCYUGCCAUCAGCCAGGGCAUUUGGCCCGAGACUGCCCUCACYGACCCCCACAACAGCGGAUCGGAGUCGYGCCUAUGGCUGCGGCUCCCAUCGCCAACGGACCUGGACGAGUCGGAGCUUUGAUGGAAGAAGUAGAGGGUGGAGGAAGUGYCGUGGCCACCACGGAAGAAGCCACCGAGCUAAUCCCGCUAGAUCAGUACGUAUCGCUCGGAUAUCCGGGACUGGGAAUGACCGGAAUAAUAAGACCAGCGCCAGAACCAAAAGAGGUGGCGGAGUGGCGACCGUCCCUAGGAGAAAUGGAGUCGGGGGGACCCACCUUCGUCACAGGGGAAAUCGAUGUAUUAAACAUCGUCCGAGCCUUGGAUCAUCGGAUUCCCCUUCCGAUUGGUCACCKACUCUCGAUCUCCGAGCAAGCCAACGAGCGAAUGCUACAGCAUUGCAAGGCAAACAGAAAACGAUUCGCCCUUGCCCGAACACCGAAUGCAAAAGCUAAAGGCCUCGCGCCAGAAGAAAACCCAACAGGCACCCCGGAUCCAAUACGGGCUUGCCGAACCAAUGUGGAGGGAAAACUCCUUGCGUUUCUGUUCGGCACAGUACGGCCCGGACAUCAGGAACUCAUCGCGCAAGAGCUCGCGAUCUCGGUAGCACAACUCGCGGACGAUCUCCCUCUCGACAUCAUCUCGCAAGACGACGAGCAUCUGAUUCCUCAUGUAUUUUCUCGCACGUUGACGCCAUAUCUCCAGUGGUCGGCUUGUGUGGAGGGAGCCGCAGAGCGCAUCCCGCCGUCGCAUCAGCAGUAUUUGGAUCCUCGGACGGUUUGUGAUCCUGCCUUCUUCAGGCACCCAACGGCAGAGCAGCUUGCUGCCAUUCGAGAGGAAGAGGAGGAGGAAGAAAGCACUGAGAGUGACGAAGGAGAAGACGAGCGGGAAGAAAGUGGGGAAAGCGACGAAGUACUCGGGGAAGAGGACAAAACCCCYGAAGAAGGAAGCUAUAGCCAGCAUAGCCAGGGGGAGCAGAGCGAAGAAGAAGAAGAAGACGACGAAGGAGAAGAGGAGAACGAAGAAGGACCUACGGAAUCGGAGUGGGAAGCUGCGCCGGAAGAAGCGCUGCGCACGGGCACGGAGGCUGAAGAUCCGGAGGCGGCCCGCAAAAGAGAAGAAACGGCGGUCGGGAAAAGGGWACUAGAGUUUGCGAGYGGGGCAAGCUUACACGUCCACGACGACCCUAACCAAGAUCCGGAGCCGCCCCGACCAGAACAUGGCGACCUCGUGGCCACGACUCCGACCCCAUCAACGCGGCGACGGAGCCGAUCCCCCUCCUCCCCAACGCGUCCCCCAGUUUGCCGACACACCAAUGAUGAUGCUCAUAAUAAUGAUGAUGAUGAUGAUGAUGAUGAUGAUGAUGAAGAUGAUGAUGACACACCAAUGAAGAUGCUCAUAAUGAUGGUGAUGUCAGUAAAGCUGCUGCUGCUGCUAGCCUCCAUACUGAUGAUGAUGAUGAUGAUGAUGAUGAUGAUGAUAAUGAUGAUAAUGAUGAUAAUGAUGAAGAUUGUGAUGAUGAUGGUGAUGAUAACCGCCGAUGAUGAUGAUGAUGAUGAUGAAACUGAAGAUGGUGAUGAUGACGAUAAUGAUGGUGAUGACGACAACUGAUGAUUACCCUUGAUAUUGCUGAUGCCACUACUGGCUCCUGAUGCUGCUGCUGCUGCUGCUGAUAAUGACGCAACACCUCA